AGGGCCCGCAGCCUCCUCCCCGGCCUCCCGUGGGGGGCGCCCGCGCCCGCGCCUCCCCCUUGGGAGAGCCGGCCAUGGGCGGCGGCGCGGGCAAGCAGCAGCAGUACAAGGCGGACCCCGCGCUGCGGCAGCAGCUGGGCCCCGGAGGCCCCACCCAGCGGCCAGUUGCCGCCGCGGAGAAGGCGAGGGAGCCCAAGGCGGACGACGGCGCCGACAGGAAGCAGCAGGGCACGCUCCUCUCGGUCCGGGAGGCCGCGGCGACACCGCCCCCGCUGACCCCUCCCAGGCUGGACGUGCAUGGCACCGUGAAGUGCAUCGCGGAGUUCCACGCGAAGGUGGAGGACGUGGUCGACUGGGAGUCCAUCAGCGGGCCGGCCAUGAGGCACGCCGUGCCGAUGCUGCUGGAGCUGGAGAGCGAGCGGAAGUGCGACGCCUGGCUGUGGCGCCCGAUGCACUACGCCGCCAUCUACGGCGCCUCCGAGGCCGUGAAGGCGCUGUCGCGGGCGGGCGCCUCCGUGGACACGCGCACGGGCGGCCACGGGCUGCUCGGCAAGGCGCUGUCCAGGAACUCGUUCAACUUCAGCGCUGUGUUAGAGUGCUCGCUGAGCGGGCCCAAGGAGACGGUCAGGGCAGUGGAGGUGAACGGCGACUGCCUCACAGUGACGCAGCCGCAUUCUGGCGUCAGAAAGACGGUGGACCUCGAGAGCUGCACCUGCGUGGGCUACAGCACCGGGCAGCAGCCGAACCACGCGCGGCGGUUCGGCUUUGCGACCCCGCUGCACAUCGCGAUCGAGUUCCAGCACGUCGACACCAUCGUGGCCCUGCUCGCCGCCAAGGCUAACCCCAACAACGCCUGGAACGAGAACCGGGACAAGCCCCUGCACACUGCCGUGGCGCAGGGCAACGACCAGGCCGUGGAGGCCCUGCUGCAGGCCAAGGCCGACCCCAACGCGGAGGACUCCUGGGGCCGGGUGCCCCUGGUCGUCGCGGCGGUGUGUGCCAAGCAGCCCACGGCCGACGUGGCCGUGCUCCUGCUCGACGCCUCCGCCCGCCAAGGCGCCACAGACAGGUCGGGCAAGACGGCCGCGCAGCUGGCGCGUGAGGCUGGGCAUAGCGACUUCGCGAACGCCGUAGAGCGGUACGACAUCAACGAGAGGGCGGACAUCAAGGCGGCCAGAAUGGCCGAGCUGGAGCGCCAGAGGCUGGAGCUCGAGGAGCAGCGGCGCCAGGAGGCCGAGGAGCGCGCGCGCCUCGAGGCAAUCGAGGAAGCCCGGCGCGCCGCCGAGGACGAGGCCCGCCGGCAGGCAGAGCUGGAGUGGCAGAGGAAGAUGGAGGAGGAGGCCAAGGUGAGGGCCCAGGCCGAGGAGCGCGCCAGGCUCGAGCAGGAGGAGCGGGACCGGGAGGCGCAGGAGCGGGCCCGCCGGGAGGCCGAGCGCGAGGACCGCGAGAGGGAGCGGCGCGAGGCUGCCGAGAGGGCCUUCGCCGAGGCGGAGGAGAAGGCCAGGAAGCAGAAGGAGGAGGCCGAGGAGCUGGAAAAGCGGCAAGAGGAGGAGAGGGCCCUGCGCGAGGCCGAGGAGCAGGAGGCAGCGAAGGCCGAGGAGGCGCGGCUCGCGGCCGAGGCCGCCGCGGAGCAGGCGCGCCUGGAGGCGGCCGAGCAGGAGGCCCAGCGCCUGGCCGAGGAGGAGGAGCGCCGGGCGGCCGAGGAGCGGGAGCGCCUGGAGGCCGAGGAGAAGGCGCGCCAGGAGGCCGAGGAGAAGGCUCUGCGAGAAGAAGAGGAGAGGCUGCGGCGAGAGGAGGAGGAGGCCCAGAAGAAAAAGGGCGAGGGGCAGCGGGAGCUCUGCCAGAGGUGGCUGAUCGCCCUCGCGCGGGUCGCGGGCACCGCUGCCCUGAGCAAGCGGCGGGAGGCUUGGCACCGCGAGUUCGCGAAGGUCCGGUCAGACCGCUGGGACAGGGCCAUCGCCCGCCCGCCGCUGGACGCAACCACCGGCCGCAUGAUCGCCAGCAGCCAGAGGACGGACCUGCUGCGGGAGGGCGGCCUCAUCAAGGAGGCGAACAAGCUCGAGGCGGAGCUGCGGAGGAAGGGCGUGAACCUGGAGCGGCUGCACGCCAAGUGGAGCCGCAUGGCCGAACUCAGCAAGCUGACCCCACUCACCGUGCAGGCCCUUGGCAACAAGCAGCUGGCGCAAGAACCAUAUUCCACACUCAUCUGCAUCAACACGCCCGCCCCCGUUGCAAAGAACAAGAUCGUUCAGGCCGUCACCCCGUGGCUCCGAGAUGAAAGAUCGCCGGAGAUGAUUGCAAAUUCCUGGAAACGGGUGCUGGCGACGGGCCUGCACGUCAAUUCUAAGUUCAAUUGCAAGGACACGAAAGCCGCUGCAGGCCUCGUCAAGGCAAGUUACUACCUGUUCUGCUCCAUCGAGUCGCGUUCUGCCGGCGGAGUGGCCAUACCCACCCUGAAGCGCGGCGAGCGCGUGAAGGUGGCUCACCACGCGGAAGCAGUACCAGGCCGUUCAUCGCGAAUCAAAGUGAUGGCGCAUUGCAGCGACAAGAUUCAUUUUGACGGGCCUGGCUUCAUCGUCUACAGCAUUCACGAUUUCAGACUCAUGGAAGCCGAAUUCGACGCGGCAGAAGAACCAACUCAUACAGAUCACGCUCGAUGCCAGCUAGCCCCAGGGCGCGCCAUCACCACCGGCCUCGGCGACUUCAACUUCUCGGACAAGCCUGCCCUUUACUUGCGUUCGCCCCGGGUGGGCCGCGACGUCUCCCUCGCCAACUCCCGCAGCUGCGCCCGCUCUGACAACGUCGCGCGGCGCAUGGAUGAAAGCGCGGCACCGUUCGUGGAGAUCCACGUCGACGCGCCAACGCACUGCGUGGCUGUGGACUUCCUGCUUAACAAGAACAUCCCGCAGGAGGACAUCGACGAGGCGUUCAGCAGGUACAACGCCGAGCAGGAGGGCGCAGGUGCUGGCCGGGGCGGGGCCGGCGGCGCGGCGGCGCAGCCGAGGGUGCCCGUGCCGCGCCCGAGCGGCCAGCAGGCGGCGCCGUACGCGCCCGCCGCACCCGGGUUCGACGGCGGCGGCCACUACCCCACGCCGCAGUACGGCUCGUACCCCAGCAGUGCAGGGGGCCCGUACGCGGUGCCGUGGGCGCCCCCGCCGUACCCUCCUGCGGAGGCGGCCUCCGGGGCGCCCUGGUGGGCGUGGGCCCUGGGCGGCGUGGGGGCUGGCCUCGGCGCCACGCUGCUGGCCGCGGGCGGGCUGGCGGCGGCGCUGGCCCACGGGAAGGAGGCCGGCGGCGGCUGGGUCGUCGGCGUCGGCCUCGGCGUCGUGGCGGCGCUGGCCCACGGGAAGGAGGCCGGCGGCGGCUGGGUCGUCGGCGUCGGCCUCGGCGUCGUGGGGGUCGAGGCGGCGCUGGCCCACGGGAAGGAGGCCGGCGGCGGCUGGGUCGUCGGCGUCGGCCUCGGCGUCGUGGCGGCGCUGGCCCACGGGAAGGAGGCCGGCGGCGGCUGGGUCGUCGGCGUCGGCCUCGGCGUCGUGGCGGCGCUGGCCCACGGGAAGGAGGCCGGCGGCGGCUGGGUCGUCGGCGUCGGCCUCGGCGUCGUGGCGGCGCUGGCCCACGGGAAGGAGGCCGGCGGCGGCUGGGUCGUCGGCGUCGGCCUCGGCGUCGUGGCCUGGAGCGACCGGCAAUAA